AUGAUAUCUUCACCAGAACGCAUGAAGUUCUUGUGGAGAUGUUAUCGUGCAGUGAUUUGUCAAAAAUGGUUAGAAAUGUUUAUUCAUGGUACAUUAGAAGACUUUACAGCGGAAAACCAUGGUAGAAAACAUGUUAGUAUUGUUUACGAAUACUUUUCCGAAAUAGAAAUGGAUGCAAAGGCCUUUGGUACCCAAAAAUGUCAACAAAAGUCAGCUGCCUUUAACGCAACAGACCUUGCUCAAUUUAUCGAUUCAAAAUUCUACGAACUGACAGGACAGACCAAAGAUCCAGAUGCUGGAUUAAUUCUAUCAGAAAGUAGCUGUCGCAUCGACCUCCUAAAUUGGGGUGCAAAAUUUUUGGCAAAUUCUCAGCGACCAUAUUUUGAAGGUCACGAACGUGCAGAUGUUGCUGAAUCAAGAAAAGUUUUCUUGGACUAUUUUUUAUCGAGAAAGGCACGGUUCUACGAUAGGUGGGACUGUAGGCUUCAAAAACUUGAUAAAAAUUAUCAAAAAAUGAGGACUUUUGACCAAGUUAAGUGGAAUUUUUGAUGAAGUAACAAAAACGUGGUUCCGCAAUAGCGCUUUUCUAGAAACUUAUAAUACCGUGAAAGUUGAAACUACUGUUUUUCACUUGGAAAGUUGGCGCUUUUAGGCGUAAUCACUUCUUCUUUCACCACUCAAACAUUUUUCACUUUGUAAAACUUUACAGUUUGUAGAGAAUUUAAUUGAGAACCUUUUAAAAAGAGUUUUAAAGAUUGAGUGGUAGUUAAGAUUGAGUGGUAACCCGCUGUCACUAGGUAUACCAGGCAGCGUCCCACCAGGGCAUCUUUUAAGUGACGUUUCCGGACAAAAACAUAUAACUGAAAGAAGAGAGAAAUAUUAGAGAGAGGGAGGAUAGAAAGAUUUUCUGUGUGGAUAUUCUUACUGGGCCUUGAAGUUGUAUUUGAAGCGGCUUUUA